GUGGGAGAGGUGUGUCAGCGGAAAAGGACGUAAACAUGUGGUUGUCAACCAGAGCUUUCUUCAGUCGUCGUUCUGUUGUGUUGCUGUAAAACGAAGUAUUUGUGAUGCUAAUAAAUCUGCUUGAAAAAGCUAUUUAAAGAAGUUGUCUAUAUCUCGACAAUGAACUAUUGAUACUUUGCUUGCUGCGUUUUUCGAAGCCGGGCCAGUUUAGCUAACAUAUAGCAUUCGGAUGUACACGCAUUCGGCAUGUGUAAUUAACGCAGUGUAUUUAUCUGCAUUAACAUUCUUACGUUGCUUACAAUCUGAGAGUGUUCAUGGCAUCCAAGCAGCCAUAUACAGAUUCUGACACUGCUGAUGAAGCGGUCAGAGCAACCUGCGACGAUGCAUCAACAUGUAAAAGGUUUGCAACGAGUAAAGGUUACUGGACUGACCUCUACAUUCAGUAUUUUGUCAGGCAAACUGGUGAACGCAAAGCACCUGAGAUCAACAGAGGUUAUUAUGGUCGUGUCAAAGGGAUGAAUCAUCUUCUGGAUGCUUUUCUGAAGAAGACACAAUGUGACUGUCAGGUGGUGAAUCUUGGUGCAGGACUGGAUACUACGUUUUGGAGAUUAAAGGAGGAGAACAUUAUGCCUAAAAAGUUCUUUGAAGUUGACUUCCCAAUGAUUGUUGCCAGGAAAAUACACCACAUCAAGACAAAACCUCCACUGUCUAAACCUUUGAUUGAGACGCACUCCACUGAUUCACUCCUUAUGGAUGGUCACAGCCUGGAUUCAGACAGAUAUUGUAUCAUCAGUGCUGAUCUCAGGGACCUGCCAACAUUAGAGGAGAAACUAAAAAAAUUCCAGCUAAAUCCAGAUUUGCCCACUCUGUUUCUGUCAGAAUGCGUACUGGUGUACAUGACGCCUGAGCAGUCCUCCAAACUGUUGCACUGGGUUUCAGAGACCUUCCACACUGCAAUGUUCGUUAACUACGAACAGGUGAACAUGGAUGAUCGUUUUGCGCAAAUCAUGAUCGAGAAUCUGCAGAGACGACAGUGCAAUCUGGCUGGGGUGGAUAUGUGUCAGUCGCUGGACUCUCAAAAAGAACGCUUUCUGUCGACAGGCUGGGAAAGUGUGAAUGCCCUGGACAUGAUUACAGUCUAUAGCAUGCUUCCUCAGGAAGACGUAGCCAGAAUUGAAGGUCUGGAGUUUUUAGAUGAAAAGGAACUUCUGCAACAGCUUCUACAACACUACUGCAUCUGCUGGGCAUUAAAAGAUAAGCUCAAUUUAGACUUCUCUUUUCAGGCCUCUUGCAAAUUGGGUUUUAAACAUUAAUAAAGACUUUGUUGUGAAAAUUCGGCCUGUGACAUCAUAAGCAACCGUCAAAGUAGAGGAAGGAAAGUCAAUUAUAUGUACUACCCCCCCCCCCCCCCAAAAAAAGCAUUUUGAGCACAAUAAAAAAUGGAGACUCCUGAUAUCAGUGUCUUUGCUUCUGAUUUGCCCAUCUCUUUGUGUACCAUGUGAUCAGCAUGUCUCGGUGAUGUGCCAUGUUCAUUAAAGUGAUAGUUCGCCCUCAUGCCAUCCCAGAUGUGUAUGACUUUCUUUCU